GGAUAAUUCGCGAUUUCGCUUAAAAGUUCGGCUUCACUUCUCGUCAACCGCAUCCUUUCGCCUCCCACAAGGUAAGAACUAUUGCUGUAUACGGUAAACCGGCACAGGCCAUUGCUCCAGCAUAUACUUGAUACAUUCAAGCGAUUUCCCCUUCGUCGACACCAAGAAAGUGGCUUCCACGCUACCCUACCGCUUCAAAGCCGGCCCCGCCACCAUGGGGACAACCACCAUGGAGCAGCAUCACCAUCGAAGCACCACGAAAGGAGCCCACAAGAGCUUCAAAUCGCGACACUCCACGAAAAAUGCGCUACGAGAACAAAUUAAGGGCCGCAUCGAGCGCCCAGCGAAAGGUGUCCGGAAGACCCCCCAUCAGCAUAUGAUGUCGAAGCUGGAGCGGAAAAAUCAGGCGAAGCAGAAGCGCAUGUCAAGUGUACGAGACCACAAUGCCGCGAAGAGCAUCUUUUCGGGGAAGAAUGGAGCACCAAGGAUUGUUGCCUUGGUUCCGCUUUGCGCGGAUGUGAACAAUGCGGCGACCGUUCGCAAACUGAAUGGUUCGGUGGAUCUGGAAGACGGUGGGGAGAUUCCCGAACACGGUUGGACGAGGUCAAGGAUCGAGAGAUUUGGUCAGAAUGUGGCCUAUGUGCUGCCGAAGAGGGAUUUGGUUUCGGUUUUGGAUGCGUGCCGGGUGGCGGAUAUCGUCCUCUUUGUCCUGUCAACGGAAACGGAGGUGGAUGCGCUUGGGGAGGCGAUGCUCCGCGCAAUCGAGAGCCAAGGAGUGUCCAACGUAUACGCGCUCGCUCAGCCAGCCGAUGCGAUGGUCAAGCCGAAGGAGCGCAGAAGGGUCGACGCGUCAUUGAUAUCAUUCAUGUCCCACUUCUUCCCGUCUAUCGAAAGGAUCACCAACCUCGACAUCUCUCAAGAAUGCCUGAACCUCGUCCGCUCAUUAUGCAGUACUGUCCCCAAGGGGAUCCGGUGGAGAGAAGACAGGAGCUGGAUGAUGGUGGAGGAGUUACAGUGGUCGGAAGCAAAUCAAACCGAAAACAUAAACGAUACAUCGGAACUGGUUCUCACAGGAGUUGUUCGUGGCCAGCGCUUGGAUCCGGAUAGACUUGUCCGAGUGGGGGAUUGGGGCGAGUUCCGAAUUAGCAAGAUUGUAUCGGCGCCGCUGGUCAAAGCCAAGGCCGCGAAAGGGGAUUCCAUGGCCAUUGAUGACGACACUGAGGAUGUCUUGGCACUGCCGACGGAAGACCAAGAUGAUCUCCUGGAGCUGGCUCCCGAAGAAGAGAUGCAGCUUGAUUACGACGAUCGGAUGACCACGGCUACAUCAGCCACCAGGAAAGGGGUUUUGUUGGACGAUCAUCAUUAUUUCUCCGACGACGACGAUGAGAUGACAAGACGACCAAAAAAGCUACCCAAAGGAACCUCGAAGUAUCAAUCGGCUUGGUUCGUAGACGACGUGUCAGACUCGGAUGCGGAACUGGAAGACUACGACGAUGAGGAAGAGGAAGAGGAGGCGGACGAGUUCCAUGGUAGCGAUGAUUUCAUGGAUGGCGUGACAGGCCCUCCUGAGCCAACCGAAUUCGAGGGCACAGAAUAUCCCGUCUCCGAAGCAUUCCACGACAUUUCUCCUGAACAACGCGCCGCGGAACUCGCGCAGUAUCGGGCCAACCGCAAUGUCGAAGCCGAAGAAGACUUCGAGUUCCCCGAUGAGAUCGAACUGACUCCAGAAAUGGUGGGGAGGGAACGGCUAGCCAAAUACCGAGGCCUCAAGAGCCUCCGGACCAGCGAAUGGGAUACGGAAGAAGACAAGAUAUAUGAGCCGGAAGCGUGGCCUCGUUUGCUGGAAAUCGCAGAUUACAGAGGAGCGAAGAACAAGGUCCUACGAGAGGGGGAGUUCCGAGGUGUGGUGCCAGGAACAAGAGUGAGCGUCUACCUUGAGGGCGUCCCGUCGUCGCUCCGCAACACGAUCGUUCCGUCGCCGUUGGCGAUGUUCUCCCUGCUCCGUCACGAGCACAAGAGGACCGCCACCAACGUGACCAUCACCCUCCCCUCCGAUGCAGAAGCGCCCAUCAAGUCCAAGGACGAGCUCAUCUUCCAAUGCGGACCCCGCCGAUUCGUCAUCAACCCCCUCUUCUCCCAGCAAGGCAACACGCCCAACGACGUCCACAAAUUCGAGCGCUAUCUCCAUCCCGGGCGCGCCGCGGUUGCGACGUUCAUCGCGCCCCUCACCUGGGGCUCCGUCCCCUGUCUAUUCUUCCGCCGCUCCACCGACCCCUCUCAGUCCUCCAACCUCCACCUCAUCGCCACUGGCACCACCGUCCCGCCGAGCACCCAGCGCGUCAUCGCCAAACGCGUCGUCCUCACCGGCCAUCCGUACAAGAUCCAUAAGCGGGUGGUGACAGUGCGGUAUAUGUUCUUCAACGACGAGGACAUUGCGUGGUUCAAGGCGCUGCGAUUGUGGACGAAGCGGGGGAGGAGCGGGUUCAUCAAGGAAAGCUUGGGAACUCAUGGGUACUUUAAGGCGACGUUUGAUGGGAGGAUCAAUCCGCUGGACGCGGUUGGCGUGAGUUUAUAUAAGAGGAUGUGGCCCCGGUCAGCGGUUUCGUGGAAGAGGGAUGAGGUGGAUUCCAUAGAGGAGGUGGAUUCUGCCGAGCAAAUGGUGGAGUGAGGCGUUUGAUAGCGAAGGACGGAAUUCAAAGCCGAUGAAACGACGUGAUGCCAAUCUUCAUGCUUCGGAGGUAAUGCUACCAUGGUGGGAUUUGAGGAAUUCAAUUUGAUUAUUGCAUCAACAAUGCCAAGUAUCGUCGGCUUGCCAUACCACGAGCUGAAAAUAGAAAGUUGAACAUCCCAUGUCAGUAUUGAUUUCAUAGCGCUGUCCAGGGUCUCCUGAACAGAUUCUAAAAUUAGCACCCACGACUCCACGAGCUGCACCAUAUUUAAGGCUAGGAAUUC